AUGUCGGUCCUUAUGUCAGCUUGGAGUUGUCAUGCUCACUCAAAGGUCACAUUGGCGGUGGCACAGUCACUGGAUCGCUCGAUUCCCUAUAUUAUGGUUGAGUUGGGCGAUGCUGGUGUACGUGUCAUGCUCGUGAACGGGCGCCGUCAAUUGGGACUGGUCAGCUCCGGACUGUCUAUUGUCCUUAAGGUCGCCAAACGGCUUGACGGAUUAUCUGAUGGCAAGCAAUUAGCGCCGCCCACCAACACCCGCAACAAUGCAGGAGUUACGAGUGUUUUGCUGACCUUUUGGGUUUUGGGGAUUAGGGAUUUGGAGAUUUUGCGAUUUGGAUUAGGUUUGUCAUGGCAUACACGGUUUUGCCAUGGUUCUAGAACGACAUCAAUGAUUGGCUUGUUGCUCAUUGCAACCGGUACGGGCGGCAUUAAACCGUGCGUUGCUGCUUUUGGAGGCGACCAGUUCCGACUACCAGAAGAAAACCAGUUACUCCAGAAAUUCUUCUCCACUUUCUAUUGUACUGUCAACUUGGGCGGGUUCAUGGGAAUGGUGGCGACGCCAGCAUUGAGAAGGAGUGUCAUGUGUUUCGGAGAUGACGCGUGCUAUGCAUUAGGCUUCGGAUUCCCAGCGUUACUUGUGCUUAUUUCUAUUGUGAUAUUUGUGGCGGGAAAACCAUCGUACAAGAUAAAGCAGCCACGCGACAAUGUGACGCUCAAGUUUAUAUCCUGCGCCUGGCCGCCAGAGGGCAGCACGGGCCGGGCGAGAAGCGCGGGCGAGGGGUCCUACCGUGACUUGGUGAAAUACGCGUUCUGCAAGCGCUUGAAGUACAGCAGCAAAUCGGAUGAGAUCCCUAGAGAACAUUGGUUGGAUUACGCAGUCGAGAAAUAUGGUGAAAAGCUGGUUGCUGAUAUGAAAGUGGUGUUUUCCAUAUUAUACCUGUACCUGCCCGUGCCCAUAUUUUGGUCACUCUUCGAUCAGCAGGGUUCCCGUUGGACAUUCCAAGCUUCGAGGCUACGUAGCGAGGUCUUCGGUGUCACCCUAAUGCCAGACCAGCUGCAAGUGAUGAACCCUGCGAUGGUUCUUCUAAUGAUUCCGGUCUGUCCUGGAGGAGCCUGGCCUUUACUGCCAGAUAUGCCACCACUUCAGAAAAUGUUCAUCGGUGGCAUGCUAGCUGCAAUGGCAUUUGUUUCUGCUGGAAUCCUACAAAUUGGCAUAGAGCGAUCUACAUUGCAAGUUCCCGGUCAUCGUCAGACAGGUUUGGUGAUAAUGAACACACUGGGCUGUCCGGUAGACCUGGCGAUUCGGGGUGAAGGUAUAGCAUCGGUGGAACAGCAUGGCACGGCACUCAUGGCUCCCCUGCCUCACAAAAGUCUGACUGUUACGGCUACCAGCCCCGUGAACUGCGCUGGAAGAGUCAUGAAGAAACAUGUAGCGAUGGAAGAAUUGAAAACGGUUGCUGGAAUGUUUAUGCCAGUCGUAAUUGGGCAGAAUUCUGACGAUCAAAUCGGUUUGUACUUUAUGGAUCCGAAUCCUUUUGUGAAGUCACUGACUGGGAAACCGAAGUUGAAUGUAGACGAAGUUUUAGGAAAUGAAGACCUGAAUAUUGAGUUGGAUAGCAAGCUAUCAGAAAGGUGUCUGUAUGUCUUCCUAUUGGAUGCACUGCUGUUGAUUACUAAGCGACACGAGCCUAUUACGAGAAUUUGGUUCAUUAAAAGGGAACUAAAGAUAAGUAUGGACCGUAUUGAUAACACAGCCUUUAAGAAUACCGGGGUACGAAGUAUGGCUUACUUUAUAUUUCGCCGUGUAAGUGAGGAUACCGGAAGCCCAAUCGUUCCCUCCAAUCCCCAAUCCCAAAAUCCACACACAAUAAACUACAAAAAAGUGGUAUACGUUGGCGAUACAGGGCCAAAUAAAAACGUGUCAAUCGCUGUGGAGACAGAGAAGAGACUGAGUGACAUUUACUAUGUGUCGGAUGCUCCGGUCGACCAUAUCGGCGAGUCUGCCUACAUGUGUCUACAACCUGGCAAAUUUCGUUGGCGAGCUCUGAGUGCGGAUGGUGAGAUGUCAGGCUCUGGUGAGGGAUACCUUCGAGCUGGUGGAGUUUACGUGCUGUGCUUGAGAGAAAGAUUGGGCAGGCUGGACGCAGCAGUUCUGCAUGCACCCAACCCUCCAAAUGAGCUGCAUUUGGCCUGGAUAGUGCCCCAGUACCUGCUGGUCUCUGUCGCUGAGAUCAUGUUUGCCGUGUCGGGACUAGAAUUUUCAUUUACACAGGCGACUGAAUUUUUCGUGUACGCCGGUAUGCUUGCUGUCGCUAUGUUGGUGUUCCUGCGGAUGGCACAAGACUACGAGUCGAGAAAUAUUGACGCGGACGGCUCGUCCUCAGAAAGUCGGCCAUUGUUACACCAUCGAUCCAAAGUGAUAUCUGUGCAUUCGUUGUCGACGUCAAGUACUCGCGCAUUCGGCGGCACGGGUAGCAGUGGUGCUUCGUGUCUAGGGGUCAUGGAGCGCUCACGGCCAGCGGCAUGGCCUCAACGAGCUUACGUGCAUAUAGCAACACCUAGCACGGCGGAGCCUAAGGCUACUACGCUGGCGCAGGAAUAA